AUGUCCAAGGGCCCUGCGGUUGGCAUUGAUCUUGGCACCACCUACUCCUGUGUAGGGGUCUUCCAGCAUGGGAAAGUGGAGAUCAUCGCAAAUGAUCAAGGCAACCGGACCACGCCAAGCUAUGUCGCAUUUACCGAUACCGAACGACUGAUUGGCGAUGCGGCAAAGAAUCAAGUUGCAAUGAAUCCUACUAACACAGUAUUCGAUGCCAAACGUCUCAUUGGACGAAGAUUUGAUGAUGCUGUUGUGCAGUCUGAUAUGAAACACUGGCCCUUCAUGGUGGUGAACGAUGCAGGCAGGCCCAAGGUCCAAGUAGAAUAUAAAGGAGAGACCAAAAGUUUCUAUCCAGAGGAGGUGUCCUCUAUGGUUCUCACAAAGAUGAAGGAAAUUGCAGAAGCCUACCUUGGGAAGACUGUUACCAAUGCUGUGGUCACUGUACCAGCCUACUUCAAUGACUCUCAGCGCCAGGCUACCAAAGAUGCUGGAACCAUUGCUGGCCUCAAUGUCCUCCGAAUCAUCAAUGAGCCAACUGCUGCUGCUAUUGCUUAUGGUCUGGACAAAAAGGUGGGUGCUGAAAGGAACGUGCUCAUCUUUGACUUAGGAGGUGGCACUUUUGAUGUGUCAAUCCUCACUAUUGAAGAUGGGAUAUUUGAGAUUGAAGUCACAUUUGAUAUUGAUGCCAAUGGUAUCCUUAAUGUUUCUGCUGUUGACAAGAGCACUGGGAAAGAAAACAAGAUUACUAUCACCAAUGAUAAGGGCCGCUUGAGUAAGGAAGACAUUGAACGAAUGGUCCAGGAGGCUGAGAAGUACAAAGCUGAAGAUGAGAAGCAAAGAGAUAAGGAGCCUUCUAAGAAUUCCCUUGAGUCUUAUGCAUUUAAUAUGAAAGCAACAGUUGAAGAUGAAAAGCUUCAAGGCAAGAUCAAUGAUGAGGACAAGCAGAAGAUCCUUGACAAGUGCAAUGAAAUUAUCAACUGGCUUGAUAAGAAUCAGACUGCAGAAAAGGAGGAAUUUGAGCAUCAGCAGAAGGAACUAGAGAAGGUCUGCAACCCCAUCAUCACCAAGCUGUACCAGAGUGCUGGAGGCAUGCCCGGAGGCAUGCCUGGGGGCUUCCCUGGUGGUGGAGCUCCUCCAUCUGGUGGUGCCUCUUCUGGACCCACCAUUGAAGAGGUUGACUAA